GCGUGGUGGUGCUGCUGGGAGUGGGGGUGGCUGGACGAGGGGCCCGCGGCGUGGACGGGGACGAGGACGAGCUGGCCGCCGCCGUCUGCGACGAUGCGGGAGAAGGACAUGCGGGCGUCGGCUGCGCGGACCUCGAUGGUGUUGAGGUAG